UAGCCACUUCCUUCCUCCCGUCCCCCUUCCAAAAGUUCAGCCUCCGCUUCCCCUUCUCAUCAUCUUCCUCGCUGCUGCUUCUCCCCACCACACCCGCGAACACAGCUCAGCAGCAGCAAAAAGCACACGACAAGCACGCGCGUGAAUUCCACUCGAGGGUUUCGUUUCGAUUCUCGACUUCGUCGUCGGCCGCCGCAGCGAAUCGAGGCGCUGAGGGGCGACGGGGGCUCGGAUCCACGCGGGCGCAAGGGCUCAUGAGGCGGCCUGCUACCUGUGGAUCUCCUGGUUUCACCGCAGCAUCGAGUUCAGGCCUCUGAUAGGACCGCGGCCGGCGCGUGGCGGAUCGUACUGGGGUGAGGAAGUAGAGGUUGUGGCACUAGAGGACGGGGUGGGGGGAGAUGGUGAGCGGCCAUCUAUUCCACUGUCGUAAGAACUCGUGGCCGCCGGAGGAGUACGUGGGCCGCAGCGCCUUACAACUGUUGGACUUAGACGGCGCUGCUCCGCCGGAGCAGGCAUGGCGGCGGCGACUGAACAGUCACGCCAACAUACUCAAGGAAUUCAGCGUCACCUUUAUGGAAGCAAUGAAAAUGAUGAGCCUUGGGGUGAGGCUUUGGUCAUAUGUCCGUGAGGAGGCUUCCCAUGGAAGGAAAGCUCCUAUUGAUCCAUUCACAAGAGAGAGCUGUAAGCCAUCAGCUUCACAGGGUGUACCGCUCGGAGGGAUGGGGAGCGGUAGCAUUUCAAGAGGAUUCAGGGGAGAGUUCAAGAAUUGGCACAUCAUUCCUGGUUUGUGUGAGAAUUCGCCGGUCAUGGAGAACCAGUUUUCUAUUUUUGUAUCACGGGAUGGGGGGAAUAAAAAAUGCUCAUCGGUAUUGGCUCCUGGACACCAUGAUGGUUUAAAGAAAUAUAGCGACUCCGGAAUUUCAUCAUGGGACUGGAACUUGAGUGGCCAACAUUCUACCUAUCAUGCAUUGUUCCCUAGGGCCUGGACUGUUUAUGAUGGUGAACCAGAUCCAGACCUUAAAAUCUCAUGUCGCCAGAUAUCACCAUUCAUACCUCAUGAUUACAAAGAAAGCAGUCUUCCUACAUCUGUGUUUGUGUACACUCUAGUGAACACUGGGAGAGACCGUGCAAAAGUAAGCCUGUUAAUGACAUGGGCGAACUCUAUUGGAGGUUUUUCUCAUCAUUCAGGAGGCCACUUCAAUGAGCCCUUCAUUGGGGAGGAUGGAGUGUCAGGAGUGCUUCUGCAUCACAAAACAGCAAAGGAUAAUCCUCCAGUUACUUUUGCUAUCGCUGCCUGUGAAACGCAGAAUGUGAACGUGACAGUCUUGCCUGUAUUUGGCCUUUCUGGAGAAAAUCAUGUUUCCGCGAAGGAUAUGUGGGAUAUCAUGAAAAAGGAUGGCCACUUUAAUCUGGAAAAUUUCAAUGCUGGCUGUAGUAUGCCUUCCUCUCCUGGGGAGACACUUUGUGCGGCUGUCACAGCCUCUACUUGGGUGGAGCCACAUGGUAGGUGUACAGUUGCGUUUGCUUUGUCUUGGUCCUCACCUAAAGUGAAGUUUCAGAAGGGAUGCACAUAUAACAGGAGGUACACUGAAUUCUAUGGAACUUCUGAAAGAUCAUCUAUUAAUUUGGUUCAUGAUGCCUUAACAAAAUAUAGACUUUGGGAAGAAGAGAUCGAGAAGUGGCAAAACCCCAUACUCAGGGAUGAAAGACUUCCAGAAUGGUACAAGUUCACCCUUUUUAACGAGCUUUACUUUCUGGUAGCUGGGGGUACUGUUUGGACAGAUGGUCAACCUCCAGCGAUUGAUGAGAAAACAAAUCCUGCUUCUAACCAGCAGAAACAUUCAAAAAAGCCUAUAAAAGAUACCAAAUCGGAAUCUGUUAAAGAUAACCUUCCCAGGCCAACAGCAGAGCAAGUCUUUAAUGGAGAUGACCUGACUAAUGGUGGACCACAGAUGCCAGAACAAACCAAUGGACUUAGGGUGCAAGAACCAGUUCCUUGCAUACACUCCAAGGAUGGCCCUGAAAAUGUUGGGAAAUUCUUGUACCUGGAGGGAGUGGAAUACAUCAUGUGGAAUACAUAUGAUGUGCAUUUCUAUGCUUCUUUUGCUCUCCUUGAUUUAUUUCCCAAAAUAGAGCUGAGUAUUCAACGUGAUUUUGCUGAUGCUGUUCUGUAUGAAGAUCGCCGGAGAGUCAAAUUUCUGGCUGAUGGUACCUCAGGAAUCCGCAAAGUCAAAGGUGCUGUUCCUCAUGACUUGGGAACACAUGACCCCUGGCAUGAAAUGAAUGCAUAUAACAUACACGACACGAGUAAAUGGAAAGAUCUAAAUCCCAAGUUUGUACUCCAGGUAUACAGAGACUUUGCUGCCACAGGUGAUAUGACGUUUGGUAGAGAUGUCUGGCCUGCAGUCUGUGCUGCAAUGGACUACAUGGAUCAGUUUGAUCGAGAUGGUGAUGGUCUCAUUGAGAAUGAUGGAUUUCCUGAUCAAACCUAUGAUGCUUGGACCGUUCACGGGAUUAGUGCGUACUGUGGUUGUCUCUGGCUUGCCGCACUUCAAGCUGCAGCUACAAUGGCCCAUCGCCUUGGGGAUCGUCCAUAUGCUGAAAAGUACAAGCUCAAGUUCAUAAAAGCUAAAGCAGUGUAUGAGGCUAAGUUAUGGAAUGGAUCUUAUUUCAAUUAUGACAGUGGUACAAGCAGCAAUAGCCGAUCCAUCCAGGCUGAUCAGCUUGCAGGACAGUGGUAUGCUGCAUCGUCAGGCUUGCCCCCAAUUUUUGACGAGCACAAAAUAAGAAGUGCUCUACAGAAAAUAUUUGAAUUCAAUGUAAUGAAGGUAAAAGGAGGACGGAUGGGGGCUGUAAAUGGUAUGACUCCUAAAGGGAAGGUGGACGAGACAUGCAUGCAAUCUCGGGAAAUCUGGACUGGUGUUACAUACGGUGUUGCUGCUAACAUGCUACUCCAUGGAAUGGAGCAUCAAGGUUUUAUCACCGCGGAAGGAAUAUUUCUUGCUGGGUGGUCAGAAGAAGGCUAUGGGUAUUGGUUCCAAACACCAGAAGGAUGGACCACAGAUGGGCAUUACAGGUCACUGAUAUACAUGCGACCUCUUGCUAUCUGGGCGAUGCAGUGGGCAUUAUCGCCCCCAAAGGCGAUCCUCGAGGCACCCAAGGUAAACCUGAUGGACAGGAUACACGUAUCCCCUCAAGCAGCCCGAGCAAUCAGCGAGAUAAGCAUUAGAAAGAUUGCGCCUGAUAACAGAUGUAUUUCUAGCUCCACGUUCCAGUGUGAAUGCUGACCACGGGAAGAAGAUAACAUGCAACAACUGAGUUUAUAACUUCUUUUGAUGGAUUUUCCUUGGCCCCCGCCAAGGUCCAGUGGGGUUCAGGGGGUUUUCCUUGGACAAUAGGGAAAGCAAGCGUUAAUCUCACAGCUCGAUGGAGCUCUUGUUGUAUAAUUGUACAGUAAAUUGUAAAAUCACAUCAUCGGAGAGUUUGCACAUCCUUGUAUCCGAUGUCUGAGCGUACCAGUGUUAUCAGUUCACUGCAUAGAUUACAGAGAAAGGUACCCCGCCGUCCUUUAUACAAGAAUAACUGUGCUAACGGAUCUGUGACUGCAUGACUUCUGGAAGAAGGUUGGAAAAGAGCAACAGAAUUUUGCAUGAGAUACAAUCUUUCUCUAGAAACGUCACGAACUUUGUGCAACGCGCCAACGCCUGUAUAUCGGAUCCAUCAAAUUUUGUCUUUUGGCAUGAGAUACAACCUUUCUCUAAAAUUCUUAAUACCUUGUAAACGCUAAAAUUCUUAUGUACGUGCUGUUUUGGUGGAUCA